CAGCUGCCUCUGGACAGAGGGAGCGGAAGUGGCCAGAAGGGGAAGUGUGAGGAGUUCCCGUCCAGCCUGUCACCAGUCUCCUCAGGUUUUCGCAGUGGCAGCCCUGUGGCCUGGCCGUGGCCAUGGAGUCUGCGGAGGCCCCCGUCAAGGAUGGCAUCCUCUACCAGCAGCACGUCAAGUUCGGCAAGAAGUCCUGGAGGAAGGUGUGGGCUCUGCUGUAUGCAGGAGGCCCGUCAGGCGUGGCGCGGCUGGAGAGCUGGGAGGUCCGGGAUGGUGGUCUGGGGCCAGCAGGUGACAGGUCCACAGGGCCUGGCCGGCGUGGGGAGCGGCGGGGCAUACGCCUGGCCGACUGUGUGUCCGUGCUGCCGGCUGACGGCGAGAGCUGCCCCCGGGACACUGGCGCCUUCCUGCUCACCACCACCGAGCGCAGCCACCUGCUGGCCGCACAGCACCGCCAGGCGUGGAUGGGCCCCAUCUGCCAGCUGGCAUUCCCGGGCACAGGGGAGUCUUCCUCAGGAUCAGGGCAGGCUGAGUCUCCCAAGAGGGGCCCCGUCCCCAUGGAGGAAAACUCCAUCUACUCCUCCUGGCAGGAAGCAGGUGAGUUUCCGGUGGUGGUGCAGAGGACAGAGGCUGCUGCCCGCUGCCUGCUGAAGGGGCCCUACCUCCUGGUGCUGGGCCAGGACGCCAUCCAGCUGAGGGACCCAGCUGGCCCCCAGGCCCUCUAUAGCUGGCCCUACCGCUUCCUGCGCAAGUUCGGCUCCGACAAGGGUGUGUUCUCCUUUGAGGCCGGCCGCCGCUGUGACUCGGGCGAGGGCCUGUUCGCCUUCAGCAGCUCCCGGGCCCCCGACUUGUGCGGGGCCAUGGCAGCUGCCAUCGCCCGCCAGCGGGAGCGGCUGCCGGAGCUGACCGGGCCCCGGCCCUGUCCCCUCCCUCGGGCCACCUCCUUGCCCUCCCUGGACCCGCCUGGAGAGCUGCGGGAGGUACCACUGGGGCACGAGCCACCCACCUCCAGGAGGGUGCGCCUGGCUGAGCCCGGGCCCCAGAGCCUGCCGCUGCUGUUGGGCCCAGCACCUGACGAGCCGGCGGCGUCCGGGCUGUACGCAGCCGUGUGCAAGCGGGCCAGCGGGCCCCCAGCCGCUGCCGAGCACCUCUACGAGAACCUGUGCAAGCCUGAGGCCGGCCCCUCGCCGCCUGAUGCGGGCCCCGACCCCCAGGAAGGCCCCGGCGCCCGCAGCCCCUUGGCCAGCCCCAUCUACCACAACAGCGAGGACCUGAGCUGGCCCGGCCCGGCCCAGGACAGCAGCCUGGAGGCCCAGUACCGGCGGCUGCUGGAGCUGGAGCCGGACGAGGCAGGGGGCACCGGCCGCCCUGGCGCUCAGGCGGGCUUCAAGGCCAAGCUGGUGACGCUGCUGAGUCGAGAGCGGAGGAAGGGCCCUGCCCCCUGUGACCGGCCCUGAACACUGCGGAGUGGCAGCUGGAGCAGAGGCGCUCUCCCCAGGACAGGAGGGUGGGCCAGUGGGCGAACAGUCUGCUCUGGCGGCAGGACAAGGCAGGAAGCCUGGGAGGCCCCGCACCCUGCCCUUCCCUCCCGCCAUGUACAGUGUACAGAC